AUGGAAGCAGGGCCAUCAUCAUCCGUGCUGCCUCCGCGCUCUGGCGACGUCGUGCUCUGCGUCGAUGCCGGUGGCACCAAGACGCUUGCUGUCGCCGCAUCUGUAGGCUCCAAGCAGACCUUUGUCGGCCAGGCCGGCUGCGGCAACUGUGCUACGCUGGGGCUUGAGGCCGCCAGCCAAGUCAUCCUGCGCGCCGUUCGCGACGCAUUGAUAUCCGCCGGCUUCGGCACGUUCUUCGACCUCAUCGAGGCCGGCGAGGCGGAAGGCAUCACCACGCCGCCGCUCUCGCUCUCGGACAACGACGCCUCUUCCGCCGACGGUGAUGGCGAGCUGCAUUCGACGCGCCAGACGUCGUCCAACGUGCGACGUCCACGUGUGCGCGCCAUCUGGAUCGGCUCGGCCGGGCUCUCCUCCUCGGCGGUGAUCGGCAGUUAUCGUCAGCAGCUCUCACAGCUCUUGCAGGAGUAUCACCUUGCGGACGACUCGACGCCCAUCUGGAUCACCAACGAUGCCGUGUUGCUUUCGGCGCCCAUGCUGCGUGAUGCGUCCACACAGUCGUGCGUGUGCCUCAUUGCCGGUACAGGCAGUGCGGGUUUUGCGUUCCAGCGCACCUCAUCGUCAUCCGAACCCACCUCGGGGCUCGAAUCGCCCCGCGCGCCCAGUUCAAGCGAGAACGAGGAUCUGCCCGGUCUGGCGACGGUGAGCAAGACGGGCGGAUGGGGAUACUUGCUCGGCGACCGCGGCAGUGGGUGGUCGAUAGGGUUGUCGACGAUUCAGCUCAUGCUUACGCGCGAAGAGCAACGCCAAUUCACCGCGCUGCCACUCACGCAUUUCGAGGCGGCAGUGCUAUGUGCACUCGACGUGUCGACGCCCAUCGAGCUGAUUUCGGCAGCAUACCAGGACCGCGUGUGUGCUUCGGGCGGCAACUUUUUCCAUGCCGAAGACGCACGCAAGCGCUGGCUCGCCGAAACCACACGUGUCGUGUUCGAGUACGCCUUUGACCAUCGCGGCCGAUCGGGGAGCGAGCUGGCGACGCAGCUACUCCACCAGGCCGUGGGCGAGUGCAUCGACUCGAUCGCAAAGCUCUGCUGCCCAGCAGACAGGAUCGUGCCGCACAAGUCGACGCUCGUGCUGGGUGGCGGGUUGUGGUCCAACAGGUCGUUUUUGGAUCUGCUCGUCGACAUGUGGAAGCAACAGGGGAGGACGCCGUUUAAGAACAUCCACGUCGUCAAGAGCCCCGCACACGAGGCUGCGGCUUAUCUCGCUCAAAGGUUCCUCGACAUCCAGUGCGAGACUGACUGA